UCAAUUUAAGAUGGACAAUGGAAACGCUUUCAAUAUUUCUUAUGACUAUACUUCAGUGAUGCAUUACAGCAGCAAAACAUUUGUUAAUACAUCUGGGCAGGUGUCAAUCUUACCUAUACCAAACACCAAUGUUAGCAUUGGACAGAGAACAGGGCUCAGCAGCCUGGAUGUCAAGAAGAUAAAUGCGCUCUAUAAUUGCAAUCUAUGCAGGACAAAGUUACUGGGUGCCUCUGGGAAAUUCUCUUCCAGUGAUGCUACUGCCACCAACACCAGUGACAACUGUCUAUGGCUCAUACAUGCUCCUUCAAACCUGAUCUUGCUGAAGUUUGCCAAGUUUGAUUGCUUUUCCAAGAACUGUAACGCUAAGAUCAACGUAUACGAUGGGGUGACCAAAAACAGCCCUCUGCUAGCCACAGUGAUCGCUGGUCAGCCUCUACCGGUGCUGGUCUCAUCCGGCACAUUGGUGCUGCUGGAAUAUAUCACCAACGCGUCUAGCAGUUUCAGUGGAUCUUAUAGCACCGUGACGUAUGGAGGCACUUUUACCACAGAUGGCGGGUCUGUGAAGUCCCCAAAUUACCCUUUCUCCUAUCCGGAUAAUGCAAGAGGUACAUAUAUCAUCAUUGCUCCCCCGAAAAAGCAAGUAUUUCUGACCUUCAGUGAAUUUGACAUUGAUUCAUCUUCCAAAUGUUCAAAUGAUUCCCUGAGUAUUAGAGAUGGUGGGAACCUUAAUGCGCCGCUCCUCGGUGUAUACUGUGGAAAGAGAUCUAACCUGGUCAUAUCCUCCAGUGGGCCAAUGGUAGUGCUCCAGUUCUCCAGCAACUCCAACACCAACGGAAAAGGGUUCAAAGCAAAUUUUUCCUUUGGUGAAGAGUCCGACUGAACAUGAGAAAAAGAAUGUCUGCAGCUGUUAAGUGAAGAUUCCUCAUUCCCGGUGUACGCAAAAAAAAGCUCAAGCUAGAUCUGUUAAAAAUGUCUUUUAUUUCUGCUUACAGAAUAAGUUCAUCUUUUCAAGAAAACAAGAAGGUGAACUAACUCCAAAUAUUAUGGCCACCUCUCUAAUCCUGUUGCACAUAGCAGCUGAAAUGCCCUGUGCUACCUGUGUAGUGAGUAUUCAUCAUAAUGCUUGCGAUGGCAAGUGCUCAUUGGUCCGCACAGUCCUAGAACCAUACUGACCAAUGAGAAGCAUUGGCUUCUUGAUUCGGUAAGGGGUCCAUGAAGAAAAAGCAUUUCUCAUUGGUCAUUGCAGUCACAUUAGUGCUUGCAUGAGCAUUAUGAUGAAUACUCUCUCCAGGCGGUGUAUAAAUAAUGGAAUACCUCAUUUUGUUUUAUGUGUUAGAAUUAGAGUUUC